GAAGCGGAAGCGUGCGGAAAGGGAAGCCGGCGGCGGCGGGGCGCGCUUGGGCCGGGGGCCUGCCUUGGGCCGCCAUCUUGGAGGAGGGUCGCGGAGCCGGGAGCAUCGGCCGCCGAGAGCCACCGGGAACAGGAGCCGGCUCUCCCUCCCUGCCUCCCUCAGGAAGGCCGAGGCCCGGCGCCGGAGGAGAGAUGACCAGCACCAGUAACAAGCGAGCACCCACAACAGCCACCCAGAGACUCAAACAGGACUACCUGCGCAUCAAAAAAGAUCCAGUGCCUUAUAUAUGUGCUGAGCCUCUGCCCUCAAAUAUACUUGAAUGGCACUACGUUGUACGGGGACCUGAGAUGACGCCAUAUGAAGGUGGCUAUUACCACGGGAAACUUAUUUUCCCAAGAGAAUUCCCCUUUAAACCUCCUAGUAUUUAUAUGAUAACACCAAAUGGAAGAUUUAAAUGCAACACAAGAUUAUGUCUUUCGAUCACCGACUUCCAUCCUGACACAUGGAAUCCGGCUUGGUCAGUCUCUACAAUCCUAACAGGCCUUCUUAGUUUUAUGGUUGAAAAAGGUCCCACUUUGGGCAGUAUAGAAACAUCAGAGUUCACAAAAAGGCAGCUUGCUUCACAGAGUUUAGCAUUUAACGUCAAAGACAAAGUCUUCUGUGAAUUAUUCCCUGAUGUGGUGGAGGAAAUCAAGCAGAAACAAAAGGCACGGGAAGACCUCCACAGCCGGCCACCGACUCUUCCGCUUCCGGAUGUCGUCCCUGAUGGGGAUGCCCACCACGGCCAGAACGGCGUCCCACUUCUUAACGGGCAUGUGCCCUUGGCUGCUGCCAACAACCACCCCGGCCUCCAGCAGGCCAACCGGAACCACGGACUCCUGGGUGGAGCUUUGGCGAACUUAUUUGUUAUUGUUGGUUUCGCGGCCUUUGCCUAUACAGUGAAGUACGUUCUGAGAAGCAUAGCGCAAGAGUGAUGCGCUUAAAAAACACAAACCAACCAAAACCACCGGUUCCAAGACCAAAAUUAGCAGUAGGGACAGGAGCCAAAACAACAACAACAAAAGCAUUUGGGACUCUUGGGUCUCAUACCCCUCCCCAGCGCUGGGAAAAAAAUAUCGUGAUGUACAGGUAAAAAUGAAAUAGACUGGUUUGGCUCAUGGGUUUAAUUUAGAUGAAGAGAAAAUACCAUUUUUCAAUUCUGAAGAUGAUGCAUUUGGGAUAGCUAGGCAAAAGGAAGCGCAACCCCAGGGGAGAGAAAAACCUUGAUUUUUAAAGAGAUAAAUUGGCAAUAUCUUAAAAUGUUACUGGUCUACAAGUAGCAUCUUUUUAUGUUGUUAAUUUUCUUUUAAAAAAGAAAAGCACUGAACCACUUCUGAGGUCCUUAAAGUCCUUUGUUGUUAAUGUGGAAUCACUCACACGGUUAGUGACACCAUGAGAGUCUCCAUGGUGUGGAAGGUGGCAGCUGGGGACAGGCCUAACCUAGAGAGGGUUGCUUGUGUUCAGUCCUUCCACCCACCUCUUAUCCACAGGCUGCACUUUUCCCAUCCCUGUUGUAAAUGAAAAGGACUGCCUUCACAUUUACUUUAAGACGUUUGAUGUGUAUGUCCUACUUUCAACCUCCCACCCGAGAACCUGGCAGUUGUGAAUCUUGGCACUCUGUUUGUUUCAUGAAAGGAAACGAUGGGUUUCCUGCUAAUCCUAGUGAUCAUGGGGACUGAAAGCCCUUUGCAGGGGUUUAGCAGUGGCUAUGCAAAGUGUGCAUCCUUUUUGCUCUUUAAGUUAUAAUGAUACUAGGUUUUUAUUUCGAGGUCCUGCCGUAAGACAAGCUUUACCUUGCUUCAAGUCACUGAGAAACAUGUUGGAUGGGAAGCUAAAAUUGCGCAGAAUCUGGCCAUCCUUUUGCUGUGUGUGUUCUAUCCCUCCCCAACAACAGCAACAACAAAACAACAUGGCAGUGUUAAGGAUGGAAUCAUGUUGAGUUUUGCAGGUGGCCGCCAGGUGUCAUUGUUGACUUGCAAUAGAGCUUUCUCUCCCAAGGAUGUUAAAUAAGAAAAAAAAAAUCUAGAAGGGGGUAGUAGUUUGGGAAGGAAUAUUCAAUUAAUUCCUUUGGGGUUAGGCAUGUUAGGCUGUGAAAUUGGGGUCCUCGGGCAGGUUUUUUUUAAAGGUUAUGCUUCUUUCCCCCCUUCUCCCCCUUUUUUAAAGGAAAGAGGCUUGCCUUCCAAACAUAAGUAGAAACAAGAUGCUGGUUUCUGGCCUGCUUUGGUCAGUUUUAAGGCUUUGCGGUCCUGGUAGAGCAUGAGAGAUCUUAAGAGGACAAACAUCUGAACCUCAGGGAUGGACAACCUGUGCUGUUGGCCAACAACAGGGGAUGAUGUGGCCAUGCUGUUUGGGGCUGAUGGGAGCUGGUGUCCAACAGCAUUGGGAAGGUACAGGUUCUCCAUCCCUGCUAUCAAGUCAAAGGAGUUGAAAGUAAAAGACAUAUUGCUGUAGUAGAGCCUUCUUGGCUUCUCCUUCUUCAUCAGCUUCUGCCUUUUCCAGCUUUGGUCACCCCCAAAGACCUCUUUGCUGGCUUGCCUCUGAGUAGUUGGUUUGGUUUGGAAAAAGGGGUAGAUCUUCUGGAUUGCACCACUUUUAGAAAAGGAACUGUCCUUGUGUGUUUUCAGUGCUUCCUCCUUUGAAUUGGAGAAGUAGACUCUUUGAGCAGAAAACAGGUAAGGUGGGAGGAUAGAUUGAGCCUAACAACGGUUUUUAUUUUUGCCAGGGAUGGGAGGUAUUUUUGCCAGGGGUGAGCAGACGUCAGACAUACAGUGGGCUCCCUGGUUGCCUGAAUUCCCACCAUGAGCACCAAGUACUGAGCGCUCUGUUCAUCCAUUAAGUCCAAUGCAGUUAAAGUUGCAUUUUUAGUGUUGUCUGCAGAACACUUUUUUUUUGGAACUGUGCCUUCCAGAAUCUCCAGAUUUUGAGCGGUGCAGUCCAAAAAGGGAUCUCUUCCAAACUUUGCCAUUCAUGGCUGACAUUUCCACAACUGGGCUUGCAAGCCUGUCAGAACAAGGCAGCUGUGGAUAGAACCCUGGCAUCUGUUCCCUGUUUGACACCUUUGGAGAGUUAACAGUUCAAAAGGCCUACGAUUGCAAAAGCUAUAGAGUCCCCUUGUGAUGCCUCAUAGGACUGGUUUCCCUCUCGAAAAUACUUUGUAGCCUAAAAUAUACAUCCCUCCCCCAGUGUCUCUCUCUCUCCUGUUAAUCUUCCCCAUAUCCUUUGCCUUGUUGCAGAGGUAAAUCUGAGUGCCUUCUCCAGUUGUGUGUGGCUGUCUUUGAGCCACCCACUUUCCAAUUGCAGACUUCCUCAAAGGAAUAUUGGCAAGGUCGAAAGCCUACUGUCUUUCUAAUCCCACCCAUUUGCCCCCUUCCACACACAAACAGUACUUUGUCUUAAAACAGGGAUGAGCAAAUGCGGAAGGCUAGUGGGCCAUGGCAGCCCCACAGCAGAUCUUGCUGCCAAAAAUUGCCCCAAAUGCCCUUUAGGAAACCUGGGGGCACUGCAAAGAUUUUGCCAUGGUUUUUUCCCCAUCUCUAGGCCAUUAGGUUCAGGAAGUGAAUGGAAAUUGUGAGGUCGAAGGCUUUCAGGUCCAUAGUUUUCUGUGGGUUUCUGGGCUAUGUGGCUGCACUCUUCAAGGAUUCAUUCCUGAUAUUUCACCUGUAUCUGUGGUUGGCGUCUUAACACGGCAGCCACAGUUGCAGGUGAAAUGUCAGGAAUAAAUCAUCCAUGAAUGUGACCACAUAGCCCUGAAAACCCACAGAAAACCUAUUAAUGGAAAUUCACUACCUGUUCCAAAAAAGGUCUUCCUUCCUAAAUUGGCUGGGACACUACAAAGUUGUGACAGUAGUGUCCCCAUGCUGCCUAGAGAAGGUUUGGGGCCAAACAAACCCUUUUUGAUCCCUGGCAGCCAUGAAAACUGCCAUGUGGGGCCACAUGCAGCCUUCAUGCCUCACUUUGCCUCCCCUGUUGUAAAGUUUCCUUCUAACUCCACCAUUCAUUGUUUGAUUUUAGGCACAUGAAAUCCCUCUUUUCCACACACAGCCCUUUAAACAUGUAUAUAUUGUAGGCAUCCAGUUUCAUUUUUGUUUUGUAGCUUUUUAAAAAACAUAUUUGGGUUUCUGAUUCUGUGGAUGAUUUCUUUGUUGUCAGAAGACUAAAGGCAGCGGACAGCCAAGCGGGAAGCGUCAAAUAAACCCAUGAGCCACGUAGCUUUAGAUAAUCAGUGAACAUGUGCUUUGACCAAUUUCUCUGCAAGUAGGUAUGGAUUAGUUGAAACUAACAGGAUAGGUCCAUACGACGGAGGAGACGUCUUUGAAAGGAGACUUAGGGAAGGGGAGGGGGGAGUCGGGUGUGAUAGGGAAUGAUUUUAAGAUCUGUAUUUAUAAAAUACUUUGGAAAUUUU